ACAGUCAGGAGGCUUUUCAGUUGCAAAUGCACGCGCACAGACGGAAGCUCCUCGCGCUCCCAUUGGUCCGCACGCGGCUGCCUGCACUAGGGCUGGGGAACUUUUUGGAGAAGCGGGCAGAAGAGUUGAGAGAGAGAGCUGAAGGUCUGAAAGAGAAGAGUCCGAACCGCACUGACUGCUCUGUGACAGUGAUGACCGCCGCCAACACGCUCCUCAUCCAGGAGAAGUAGACUCUGGUCCGCGCGCGCUUCGCCUCCGGGUGUGUUGGGAGUAAUUAGUUGAUUCGGAUCACCCGGCGCUCCGGUUGAACCUGUAGGGAAACCUGGCCACACGUCGCCAGGUGGACGGCGACAAAAGGCUCCAACUGUUGUGUACCUCGUCAACUUCUCCGCACCUGUCCAACAUGUAUAGCAUGAUGGAGCACGAGCUGAAGCCAACCGGCCAGCCCCCGUCUCACCAGACCUCCCAGGGAAUGUCACCAGUCACCGGCAACAUGACCGGGAGCAUGGGCAGCAACGGAAACUCUCACCCGAGCUCCAAGACGGCGUGCGCACCUGGAGGAGACCCCAUGGAUAAAGUGAAGCGGCCCAUGAACGCGUUCAUGGUCUGGUCCCGGGGUCAGCGGCGCAAGAUGGCUCAAGAAAACCCCAAAAUGCACAACUCGGAGAUCAGUAAGCGGCUGGGGGCCGAGUGGAAGCUGCUGACGGACGCCGAGAAGCGGCCCUUCAUCGACGAGGCCAAGCGGCUGCGGGCCGUCCACAUGAAGGAGUACCCCGACUACAAGUACAAGCCGCGCCGCAAGACAAAGCCGCUGCUCAAGAAGGACGCUCAGGUGGCCAAGUACCCGCUGUCAGCGGGGAACCUGCUGGCGGCGGCGGCGCAGGGCCAGGGUGGUAGUCCGAGGAUGGAGAGCUACGGCUGGGGCCCCACCGGAGGGUACGCGGGCAUGCAGGGCGAGGCGCUCGGCUACACGCAGCAGCUCCACCGGUAUGACCUGUCCGCGCUCCAGUAUCCACCUACAAUGACUGCAGCACAGACGUACAUGAACGGAGCCAACUCGUACAGCCCCAUGUCCUACAGCAGCAGUCCCCAGCAGCCCAGCCCGGUCACCAUGUCCAUGGUGAAGGCAGAACCAGUGUCCCACUCGCCUCCGACCGGCACGCCCAACCACCACCGGGGGCCUUUGCAGGGAGACCUCAGGGACAUGAUCAGCAUGUACAUUCCUGGACCAGGAGGCGACGCCGGCGACCCCACGACUGCACAGAGGGGCUACACCAGCGUCCAGCAGCACUACCUCACUGGGACUGUCCCGCUCACACACAUCUAGGACUGGAGCGGGACUGAUGGGGGGGGGGGCGGGUAGGGGGUCGAACUGAGGGGGGAGAACCAGAAAUGCUCAUGAUGCACAGCUGGCCGGACAGGAGGUGGAGUCUGGUGCGAAGGGGGGGCGGGGUUUAGACGGCGGACGGCGUCUCUCAUACCGUCUCUCAUGUGCCUGCAGACACAGACACACGAUGUUUAUAUCACUGAACAGCUGUUUUUCUACCUCUUUGGUGCCACAUCAGUUCAAAUAAACACCCUCCACCACUGUGCCCCCCCCCCUCCGCCCUCCAGCAGACGUGACGACCGGGGCCACGCCUGUUUAUUGUGUACAUAUUACAAAAUGCUACUUUUGUCUUUUUUAUAUUUUUAGAACUUAUUCAUAAUGAGUCAAAAGAUUUUCCUUAAACACUUGUGACGCUGGCACUCACACAGCUCCACCACGCCCAGAGAGAGGCCGGGGGAGGGGAGGGGAGGGGAGGGGGGCUGUCCCGUCCCGUCCCGCUGUGUGGGCGGAGCUGGGAACAGCUGGGUGCCGGUGGGGAAACGGGAAGGAAAUGCACAACUUGAAUAACAGAGCUGUUUUUAAAUGAACUCUUUGUGCCUUGGCUUUGGUUUUAGUGCUGUUUGUAUUUUUAUAUUUCUCACUGCUGAAAUCCUGUUGGACGACACGGAGGACACCUGUUGGACACCUGUUGGACAAUCAGCACUGCAUCCACAGGAAGUAAACACAACAUGGCGGCUUCUACGAUCGGAGGAUGGAGAACCCUGGUUCCACAUCCUGCGGGUCCAGAUCAAGCAGAGUGUGUGUUUGCUGCCUGUGCCAGUUUUAUUUGCUAUAAUUAGUUUUUAGGUUUUGACCUUCUGAUGUAAAUGAUGUUGCGUUGUCGUGGCAACGUCUGUGUUUUCAUUGUCACUUUGCUCUAGGCAGGAGUUGUUGUUUUUUUUUGUUUUUUUUUUUAGGCUCAUUAAGUGAAUUUAAUAUGAAACGGCACAUUUCAGUUGUUCGACUCCAAACAGCAGGUUUAAGACUCGCAAGUUGCGUCUUCCACCAGGUCCACUGGACUGACAGAGGGACUUCAGACGUGUUUUAUUUGAAUCAGCUGUUUGUUAGAGAGGAAGUCUCAGACUAAAUCUCCACCUUGUUUCCUAAAGUUUUUCACUUUCUAUAAGAUAAUAAAGGAGCGUUUUUAAUCAGCCUCUCUCAGCCUGACGCCUCUGUCAUGUCUGUUUCUGUCUAACCUGCUGUCUCUGCUGCUACGGACCUAAAGGAAACUUUGAUUUUCUGCAGACGCUCAGUAUUGACUGUGCUAGAUUCAUCUCUAACUAAACAUGCACUGGGAACAGACGCUGAGGAAGUGAUGAUGAAUGUUUACACUGGUGCCCCAGUAUUUUAAAAGUUAACUGUUGUACUGACGUUAGGAUGAAUCUCUUUGUGUGUAAAUGCUGCCGUGUGUUAGACUUCCUCUGUGUAGCAUCCGUGUAAAUAAUGUACACAUUAUUUUUAGGCUCUUAUACUAAGAGUCUGAUUCCUUUUUGAUUAAAAAAUCUUUGUUAUGGGAUUCAUGACAAUAUUAAUAAAAAGAACAAAUCCUUUUUUCAUUAA